UUACCAGCAAGUAGAAAAAUUCAACGCUGUAAAGUUGACUCAGACAUCUUCCUGGGAGGAAGAAGGGGCUGUCCGGUCCCGAACCAGUGGAUGGAGAGCAAGCCCACCGAGAAGAUAAGCAUCAGAUGGAGAACCAGAGCUCCACCAAGAAAGUUCCAGGUCUCUGUUCCUUUCGCUAUGGACUGGCCGUCCUUCUGCAUUUCUGCAAUACUGUCAUCAUGGCCCAGCGGGUGUGUCUGAACCUCGCAAUGGUAGCCAUGGUGAACACCACGGAGCCACAGGGUUUACCCAACACAUCCACAGUAGAGAAGCUGGAUGACGUCAAGAGCCCCGUGUAUAACUGGAGUUUGGAUAGCCAGGGGCUCAUCCUCAGCUCCAUCUUCCUUGGGAUGGCCGUGGCUCAGAUUCCUGUCGGUUAUCUCUCUGGAAUAUACCCCGUGAAGCGAAUGAUCGGCUCUACGCUGCUCCUCACCUCUGUGCUGUCCCUGCUCACCCCAGCAGCCGCUCAAGUCGGAGCAGCUUUGGUCAUCGUGUGUCGAGUACUCCAGGGAAUCGCCCAGGGGACAGUAUCAACGGCCCAGCAUGAAAUAUGGGUCAAAUGGGCGCCUCCCCUGGAACGAGGCCGGCUCACUUCUCUAAGUCUGUCAGGGUUUUUAAUGGGACCCUUCAUCGUCCUGCUUGUGAGUGGAUUCAUCUGUGAACUUCUGGGCUGGCCCAUGGUCUUCUAUAUUUUUGGUGCUUUGGGCUGUGUUCUGAGUCUUUCCUGGUUCGUUCUGUUUUAUGAUGACCCCAAGGACCACCCAUAUAUGAGCAUCAUUGAGAAAGAGCACAUCACAUCUUCCCUCACCCAGCAGGUCGGCUCACGCAGGCAGUCUCUGCCAAUCAGAGCUAUGCUCACGUCUCUUCCGCUCUGGGCUAUCAUUCUCAAUUGCUCUGCUUUCAUAUGGUCCAACACCCUGCUGGUUACAUACAGUCCAAUGUUUAUCAGCUCUGUGCUUCAUGUCAACGUGAGAGAGAAUGGGCUGCUGUCCAGCCUGCCCUAUUUGUUUGCCUACAUCUGUGGUAACCUAGCAGGCCAGAUGUCCGACUUCUUCCUGACCAGGAAGAUUUUCAGCAUAGCCACCGUCCGGAAGAUCUUCACUGCACUUGGCGCUCUCUGUCCUGUGGCCUUCAGCAUGUGCCUGCUCUACCUCAGCUUCAACUUCUACAGCACUGUGAUUUUCCUGACACUUGCAAAUUCAACGCUCAGCUUCUCUCUCGCUGGGACCAUCAUAAAUGCCUUGGAUAUUGCUCCCAGAUAUUAUGGAUUUCUUAAAGCAAUUACAGCAUUAGUUGGAAUGAUAGGAGGCCUAAUUUCUUCAACUGUAACUGGAUUGAUCCUUAGUCAGGAUCCAGAAUUUUCUUGGCAUAAAAUCUUCUUCCUGAUGUCAGGCAUCAAUGUCACAUGCGUAAUUUUCUAUCUUAUAUUUGCUAAAGGAGAAAUUCAGGACUGGGCUAAAGAAAGCAAAAACGCACAAAGCACACGGCUCUGAAGCUUAGUGUUAAAGUGCGCGGUGCGGAGCCUGGUACCAACCUCCUUAGAGAAGGAAAGAAGCUUCCUGAGGCUGGACCCUGAGGCUGGACCCUGAGGCUGGACCCCCAGGCAGCCACCUGCAGUGACAGGACCCCUAGGGACCAGUCUCACCUCCUCCCCCUCGCAGUCUGAUUUUUUUUGUCAUGUGUAUUGUCAACAAGUUACACAUCUGAACUGUAAAGGUGGGUUUAUCUGUGUCCUUUCUGAAUCUGUCCCUUAGCCCAAUAAACACACGUAAGAAAAUUUUACUAUUCGUGAAAGACCUUGGUGUGUGCGUUUCGGUUUCAAUUUUCAACAUUUGCUCCUCUUUGUAGACACGGACCAUGUGGGCAGGUUGAAAAGUCUUAAAUGAUUUCUAUUCGUUCAGAAUGGCCCAUUUCGAAAGAAAAGAUGCAAAGUCGGUUCCUUCUUGGAUGGGUCAGAGAGAAAUCAAACUUAUUUUCAGAAGCACCUAGGUGACUGAUUAAAAACAAAAUACGAGUUCAAGGAAGGAAGGGGGCCACACAGCGAAGACCUUGGGUAACCGAGAAGUAAGCCACGGGUUCUUAAGUCCUACCUGGUGGCCCUGUCAGUGAUGAGACCUGGGGCCGCUGUCGGGGUUCCACACAGUGGGACGGAGACACCCAGUGUCUUAGUACCCCAUGAGGUAAAAAAAAGAGCCCAUGGGCUUGGGUGAGUCUGUGCUCUGAAAGCAAAGCAUCUAAAGACAAGUGGGUCAAAACUGAGUCCUUUCCAUCUGUUAGCUUUAACUGUUAACUUAGACAACCUAGAGUCCUCGAGAAGGGAGUCUUAAUUGAGGGAUUUCCAGGUCAGAUUGGCCUGUGGACCUGUGUGUUGGAAAUUCUUUUGACUGAUUUUGGCUUUUGAUUUUGGGUUUUUU